UGACACGACUGUUAGGUUGUUCGGUACCUUCCUUCCCGUUCCUAAAACACAGUCACAGUCCGAGUCUCUGAAAUCUUCGCCUUCUCUGUUAAUCGUCUGUACAAUCACCCAAAAACUCCCGAUGGUCAAUUUACCAUACUGUGGAUAUGAAAGAGAGGAACUCUACAUCCACCCUUAAACGCAUUUUAGUGACUUGUGCAGCACAGGCAAAAGAAUAUGGGGGUUGUGUUGCAGCAAAGGUUCCACAAGUUGAACGUGAUAUGUGCUUGAAAGAAUUUCUUGCAUUAAAGAGUUGCAUGCAAACCGUGCUGAGAGGAAAGGCUUGAACCGGCUAGUGUGAUUCUUCAGUGCUUGGACACAGUAGUUGGAACUGUUCUAAAAAAG